AUGUUAUCACGGCUACCAUUACAAGUGGACGUGAUAGACCCAAAUGAGCAGAUAUACGGAAUCAACUACAUGGAGCAAUUGCCAAUUACCGCCAAAGAAGUUGCCAAAGAGACGGCAUUGGAUCCCGUAUUGCGGAAGGUAUUCACCUAUACCCUACGAGGGUGGCCUUACCAAAGGGAUACCGAAUUACUCCCAUAUUCGAGGAAAGCUAACGAAUUGUCAGUGGACAACGGAUGUCUACUUUGGGGACAACGCGUUGUGAUACCAGCCAGUCUGCGGUCAAGAGUGCUACAGGAGUUGCACUUAGAACACCCAGGCGUUAACAGGAUGAAGGCUCUGGCUCGGAGUUUUGUGUGGUGGGUCAAUUUGGAUAAGGACAUCGAAGAAUUAGUCAAGACCUGUGAACAGUGUCAGAAUGCAAGACACCGCCCAUCUACCACCAACCCACCACACCCAUGGCUGUAUCCGAAUCGUCCGUGGGAAAGAGUUCAUUGUGAUUUAGCAGAAUUCGGUGGGAGACAGUACUUUGUCAUGAUGGAUGCCUAUUCGAAGUGGCCAGAUAUAUACGACUUAGGAACCAGUGCUUCAACCACAAAGGUGAUCGACGCACUUAGGCGGUCUUUUUCGAGCAACGGUUUACCGGAGCGUCUAGUCUCAGACAAUGGGCCUCAAUUUAUAUCAUUGGAGUUCAGGGACUUUGUCCAGUCCAACGGCAUUCGACACCAGCUCACACCGCCGUACCAUCCAGCCUCAAAUGGGCAGGCGGAACGACUCGUUCAAGAGUUAAAGAAGAGCCUCAGAGGUAAACCGGCGGCAAGAUCUUGGAGUCACCAGUUAUCACUAUUCCUGCUACACUACCGGUCAACACCCCAUACCACGACAGGAAAAUCACCAGCAGAAUUACAGUUGAAGCGUACAUUGAGAACCAGAUUGGAUCUUCUGUUUUCCCGGGGUCAAGCUGACCUUGGACAGCAAAAUGAGCAACAAUUUCAAGAGGCAAGUAGUCAAGUGCGGGAGUUAAUACCCGGAGAGGCUGUGGGAGUUUGGAACCCAAGAAGAGAUGGAAGGGGAAACUGGUUAUAUGGAACAGUCAUGCAAAAGGUUGGUCCUACUAACUACAUGAUCGAGGUGGAAGGACACGUACGCUAUGUACACAUCGAUCAUUUACGGCAACGGGAUUCGAGAAGUAUGUCCGGAGGGUUACCCACUCCAGAACAGACGGACAUACCUAUAACACCGACCUCAUCAAAGGAAUUGAUACCACCGGUAAUAUCGGUAACACAAGAAUCAGAUGCAGUGGAAAUACCAGGAAGAGUCAAAUGCAUCUAG